AUGGCAGAAGGGUUUUUGGCCAUGGCGGGCAGCGUGCGCAUUAGCAUCAACGAGCGGGAGUUCGUGGAAUCGGCGCUGCGGCAGGAGCUGCGCGUCGAUGGCCGGGCUCCCUUUGAUUCUCGCCGCUCGCUCAUCAAUUUCGCCAGGGAAGAUGGAGCUGUGGAAGUCCAGCAAGGGGAGACGAGGGUGCUGGCCGUGGUGAGCGCUCAGCUGGGGACGCCAUACCCGGAUCGUCCAAACGAGGGCUCCCUGGUCAUUAACACGGAAUUUUCGCCAAUGGCUGAUCCUUCCUUUGAGCCUGGGCGUCCUGGGGAAUUAGCAGUAGAGCUGGGACGUGUUAUCGAUCGUGGCUUAAGGGAAAGCAGGGCCGUGGACACAGAAUCACUGUGUGUUCUAGCAGGAAAAGCCGUGUGGUUUUUGCGCAUCGAUAUUCACAUUCUAGACAAUGGAGGUAAUCUUAUAGACGUUGCCAAUCUGGCUGCUCUAGCUGGGCUUCUCUCGUUUCGAAGGCCGGAAUGUAGCAUUGGUGGUGCAGAUGGUCAGGAUAUAACUAUCCAUCCUCCUGAGGUUCGCGAGCCACUUCCUCUUACGCUACAUCAUUUGCCAAUAGCUGUAACAUUCGGGUUUUUGGCUGAUGGCGAGCUAGUCGUGUUAGAUCCUAGCUUGAAGGAAGAAGCGGUGAUGGGUGGCCGUUUAACAGUGACUGUCAACGCUCACGGAGAAGUUUGUGCGAUCCAGAAAGGAGGUGGUGUUGCCGUCCGGAUGAAUGAAAUACUACGAUGCAUGCGUAUAGCAGCGUCAAAGGCCGCUGAAACCGCGGCUCUAUUGAAGAAAGGGGCCGAAAGUCAUGAGAUCGAAAGAGCGCAAAGAAAAGUCCGACGGCAUCGACCGUCAGAAGACAGCAAGACCGCCCAAGUCGUUGCUGAUACAGUUCCACAGCUUAACACAGGCCCACAGCUUAACGAAUUCACUUCAACCGGAAGCUUAAAGCUGGAAGCUGAAGCUACACCGAUGGAAAGCGACACGGACAGCGAAGAGGAGGAGCCGGACGCGAAAGAAGACACAGCACGGAAGGAGGAAGGACGACUGUUCCAAGGCGGUGCUUCUACUUGGAGUCUCCAGAGCGCAAAACCACUCGAUGCUGAGGCACUGGACGAGUUUGAUCUGGCAGUCAAAAAGUCAGUGAAAGUGGAAACACAGCCAGGAGGGAUUCAAGGCCUGGUUUCUGCGGCAUCAGUGUACCAAGCACUUCCGCCACAACAGCAAGACAGGCAACUUGGUCCCGUGUUUUCGACGGAGAAGAACACAGAUGUAGAGAUGGUGGAAGUGGCAGCGCAAAAAGAAGCAAAGCUCGAGCCAACGAGUCUCUUGGACGCUGUGAAAAAGAAGCCAAAGAGGAAGAGGAAGAAGAACCAGGGACAGUGAUACUAAGUUACCAAAGACUGUGGAUAUGUCGAUGGCCCGACACGUGGUUCCAGGGGAUUGGCUCAGGUCCGUGCUGUACGUAAGGGCGGUGGUGGAGACAAUUUUUUUUUGGUUCUCUUCCUUCGCCGGCAAAGGCGAGAUGGGUCGCUUGGAUCGUAGGCUAGGCCGGUGGUAGAUCGCUCUCCCGCCCCCGGGAAGUCAAUGGGUUCCAGGA